AUGAAUCCAAUAGUUAACCCCACGGAUGAUAAAACCCCAGAGAAAAAUAAAUCUUCCAGCUGCGUUUGCUGCGAUCGUUCGGAGACAAGUGACGAUUGCGUUCAAUGCGAUCAAUGCGAUGGAUGGUGGCAUAUGUCAUGUGCGGAAGUGACUGCAUCGGUUGCUGACCGGCCGUGGACCUGCGCCCACUGUUUGCCGCUGAGUGUUUGCUCCCGAACAACGGUAUCCAGCGCUAAGGCAGCACGUUUGUCGUUGAAAAUGAAGCUGUUGGAAGAGCAACAAGCGAUGGAGAAACGUCAUCUCGUCGAGAAGUAUGCAAUCCUGGAAGCGGAGCAGAACGAAAUGGAUGAGAUGGCUAGCAACCGAAGCAGGGUCAGCAGAAGGACGAGCCUAGAAAGGGUAAAGCAGUGGAAGCAGCAAUGCACUGAUCAGGGUGAAGGCGCAUAUGGUCUUCCGCCGGUGGGUAAAUCGGCAGACUUUACAGCAGCCUCUCUGAAUCAGAACUCACGCAUCCCGAAAGACUCGGAGCGAAGCAAUUCGUACCAGCACGCUACAGCUAACAUCAAUAUGCCUACUUCGGAAAAGCCGGCUACAGAUACAACAGUGCAGCAAGGAAGACAACACCAUGGGUUCGGUUUCUACAAACCACCGUUGAAUUCAACAGUAAAACCAUUCAACCUUCAGAGUCUUUCUAAGCGGGAACAGCAGCAGUACACCGGCGCGUUCCCCAAAUCAACUAUGGUACAACAAGAGGUAGUCAACACAAGAGGUAAUGUCGAACCCCAAGUGCCCCCCGUAGCACGUGAAGGUAAGCCACUUUGUGAUCCAAUUAUUAAUCCACUUGUACCAUCAAAAUUCGAACACUCCCUCCAACAAAUUAUCAAACAAUUUGGAACGAUGGCAUCAACGGCCACGAUUCCGUCGUUGGGAGUGAAUGUGCUUCCAAUCGAAACAAAACCCGUUCCGUUGUCCGGAACGAAUGUUGGCUUACAGCCACCGGCAAAUCCAAUUAUUCAUGGAUUCGUUCCCCCACCCGCGGGUACGCCGAUUUCUGGCCCGUCGCUAAUAAACCCGGUGCUAUCUAUCGGAACAGUUCCCCCUCCGCUGGGACUACCGAUUAUUGAUCAAUUUACUCCCUCCCCCUCGCAGUUAUCCGCGCGUCAAGUGAUGCCCCGCGAUCUACCUACGUUUUCGGGCAACCCAGCUGACUGGCCAAUAUUCAUUAGCACCUUCAUGAAUAGCUCGUUAGCGUGUGGAUAUAAUAGCGCCGAAAAUCUCGUGCGUCUUCAACGUUGUCUGAAAGGACCCGCGUAUGAAUCUGUCAAAAGUAGAUUGUUGCUUCCUGAAUCAGUGCCGCAUGUAAUUGAUACCCUUCGUUUGUUGUAUGGACGACCUGAAUUGUUAAUCAGUGCUCUACUACAGAAAGUGCGCAGUGUUCCGGCGCCGAAAGCGGAAAGAUUGGAGACAGUCAUCGACUUCGGUAUAGCUGUGCGUAGUCUCUGUGAUCACCUGGAAGCCGCUGGACAACAAGAGCACCUAUCCAAUCCCACGUUGCUGAUGGAGUUAGUGGGGAAACUGCCUGCGCACACUAAGAUGCAAUGGGCGGAUCAUAUACAGCAGCAUGCGGUGGUCAACCUUAAAGUGUUCGGGGACUUUAUGCUCAGGGUCGUCAUUGCCGUUAGCAGAGUAACAAUGUACGUUGGCGAGGACGGCGGCUAUCAGCAGAAACCUAGGCAGAAGGGAGCUGUGAAUACCCACACGAGCGAAGCGGAGUCAUUUCAGGAGACAGUGCGCGAGAAGGAACGGGUGUGUGCGUGCUGCAAGAAACCAGGGCACCGAGUAUCAGCGUGCUCUGCGUUUAAAGCGUAUACCGUAGAUAACCGGUGGAAGUUUGCGCAAAAUAACGAGCUGUGUCGGAGCUGCCUUAAUGCGCAUGGAAGGAGAAGCUGUAGAAACGCAACACGGUGUGUGAUCGAAGGAUGUCAGUAUCGUCAUCAUCCGCUCCUGCAUUCUGAUCGAGUUAGUUCCAUUAGUCGUCCUACACAAGGAUCGUCUACAGUACAGAAUCACACGCAUCGGCAAAGCAAGCAGGCUCUUCUAUUCCGUAUUAUACCAGUCGCCAUCUCAAGGCCGCGAGCUACCAUCGAAACUUUCGCUUUUCUGGAUGAUGGCUCGGAUCUAUCGCUGAUCGAGAACGACCUAGUAGAGCAACUGGGAAUCGACGGUAGGACAACACCUUUGUGCCUGAAGUGGACAGGGAACGUCACCCGUGUCGAAUCGGAUUCGAAACAAGUUCGAAUUACGAUCAGAGGAGCUAGCAGCGCAAAACAAUUCACUAUUGAUGAUAUCCGUACUGUAAAGGAGCUUACUUUGCCGGAACAGAGUUUAGAUUACGGUGAACUGGCGCAACGUUAUCGUUAUCUCCAAGGUUUACCGAUUGUCAGUUACGCAAAUGCUGUUCCCCGUCUGUUGAUAGGCGUUAACAACGUGAACCUCACUGUCCCGCUGCAAGUGAAGGAAGGCAAGAAGAGCGAUCCUGUUGCAGUGAAAACCAGACUAGGAUGGUGCAUCUUCGGCGGUACUGGUAAGGAGGGCACGCAUUCACUGAAUUACCAUGCCUGUGAGUGCGCCAGCGACCAGGACUUACAUAUUGCAGUGAAGGAAUAUUUUUCAAUGGAAGAUGCAGGAAUGAAGCCGUCGAUAGUACUGGAAUCCGACGAGGACAAGCGGGCUAGGAGCAUCAUGGAGCAGUCGACGAGACGAGUAGGUGACCAGUUCGAAACAGGUCUACUGUGGCGGUACGACGACAUCGAACUUCCGGAUAGCUACAAUAUGGCAUUCAAGAGGUUUGAGUGUCUGGAGCGCAAGAUGAUGAGAGAUCCAGAGCUGGCUGCAAAUCUGAAGAACCAGAUAGCGGAGUGCCAGCAGAAAGGAUAUGCGCAUUGUGCUACGAAGGCAGAAUUAGAACGAGCAGACCCAAAACGCGCGUGGUACCUGCCGCUAGGAGCAGUGACAAAUCCCCGGAAGCCAGGUAAAGUUCGACUGAUAUGGGACGCAGCAGCAAAGGUGGAUGGAAUAUCUCUGAACUCUAUGCUGCUUAAAGGACCGGAUCAACUUACAUCGCUUCCAGCAGUUCUGUCGCGGUUCCGGCAAUAUAAAGUAGGAGUGUCUGCAGAUAUACGAGAAAUGUUCCACCAGCUGUUGAUCCGCGAGCCGGACCGUCAUUCUCAACGUUUCUUAUUCCGGAAUGACCCAACAAAACCGGUGGAAACCUACAUUAUGGAUGUGGCAACAUUUGGAUCUACGUGUUCACCGGCGUCAGCGCAGUACGUUAAAAAUAAAAACGCGGAAGAAUUCUCGGACCGUUUCCCACGAGCAGUAGAGGGAAUUCUGAAAAGCCACUAUGUGGAUGAUUAUCUCGAUAGCUUCGAGAAUGACGAAGAAGCCGAGCGAGUGUCGCGGGAAAUUGCAACUAUUCACCAGAAAGGAGGAUUUCAUCUUAGGACCUGGGUAUCGAACAGUGCUGGAGUUCUUCGUGGACAGAAAGAGGCGUCAGCUAACCCUAGCAAAAGCCUAUGCUUGAACGCAGCGGACAGAGGCGAUCGUGUGUUGGGCAUGCUCUGGCAGACUUCAGAGGAUGAGUUGCUGUUCUCGAUGGAAAUUAAAGAGGAGAUACAACUGGUGAUAGAUAACGGUAAGCGGCCAACAAAACGUCAGAUGUUAAAAUGCCUAAUGGGCGUAUUCGAUCCACUGGGAUUACUGAGUGUGUCUCUCGUUCAUGGAAAGAUUCUCCUUCAGGAUGUAUGGCGAGCAGGAUUGCAGUGGGACGAACAGGUAACUGAAGAAAUAUUCGAUCGUUGGGUCAGGUGGACCGGUCUGUUCCCUAAAAUCAGAGGCCUGCGGAUCCCACGGUGCUACUUCAAGGAAGCGAAUGUGCAGGUGUAUGAUCAUCUUCAAUUGCACGUUUUCGUCGAUGCAAGUGAAGUCGCUUUCUCCGCCGUAGCGUACUUCAGAGUGACCAACACGGAAGGCAAAGCAGAGUGCUCGAUAGUCGCGGCCAAAACGAAGGUUGCACCGCUGAAGCCACUCUCGAUUCCUCGCAUGGAGCUACAAGCAGCAGUUCUGUGCAGCCGUUUAGUGUCGUUCGUUCAGGAGAAUCACAGCGUGAAGGUGAAGCAGCGUUUUCUGUGGAGUGAUUCCGCCACAGUGUUGGCCUGGUUACGCGCCGAUCAUCGUCGGUACACGCAGUACGUAGCAUGCCGAGUAGGGGAGAUAUUGACAACGACAGACCUCGCAGAAUGGCACUGGGUCCCCAGUAAGCUAAAUCCUGCAGAUGCCGCAACAAAGUGGGGUAAGAAUCCGUGCCCGGAAGCAACCGACGAGUGGUUUAAAGGUCCCGAAUUUCUACGUCUUGCCGAAGAGAAUUGGCCGAAGCAAUCGAAACCUUCAAAGGUACCUGAAGAGGAACUGAGACCCUGUUUUCUGAUCCAGGGGUCAACUAUUCCGAAGGUUGUGAUAGAUUUUUCUAGAUUCUCUAAGUGGCGACGAUUGCUAGGUGCAGUUGCAUACGUACACCGUUUCGUGGACAAUUGUAGGCGUAGAUGUCGAGGAGAGACGCCGGAAUUGCUGCAUCUUACUCAAGAGGAACUGAAGAAGGCGAAGAACACGCUUGUGUGGAUUGCGCAAUGGCAGGAGUACCCAGAUGAGAUGAUUGCAGUUUCGAGAGGACAAGCAGAAUUACUUAAAUCGAGCAGUUUGUAUCAGUUGACACCAACAGUCGAUGAGUGUGGCGUGCUACGCGUCGGUGGAAGAAUUGAAGCUGCGCCGCAUACAUCAUUUGAUGCUAGGUUCCCGGUGAUUCUCCCAAGAAAACAUCCGGUGACGACGCUAAUUGUAGAUGAUUUCCAUCGUACCUUUCGUCAUGGUAAUUCUGAAACGGUAGUGAACGAGAUUCGGCAGUUCUACAGCAUCUUCCAACUAAGGAGAGUGGUGAAGCAAGCUGCGACCGUCUGUCAGUGGUGCAAAGUGAAGAAGGCGACUCCGAAGGUUCCGCGAAUGGCGCCGCUGCCUUUGGCCCGCUUGUCCUCGUUUACUCGACCAUUCACCUACACCGAUAUUGAUUUUUUCGGACCGUUGCUGGUGAAAGUAGGAAGGAGCUCGGUUAAACGCUGGAUCUGUCUGUUCACCUGUCUAACCACCCGUGCUGUCCAUGUGGAAGUUGCACACAGUCUUUCCACACCGUCCUGUAUCAAAUGCAUCCGUCGCUUCAUCUGUCGCCGAGGAGCGCCGGUGGAAAUCUACUCCGACAACGGUACCAACUUCCAAGGUGCCGAAAGACUGCUGCGGAAAGAACUCGAGAACGUACAUGGAGAAUUAGCAGCAACGUUCACAAACGCAUCUACCAAAUGGGUCUUUAUCCCACCAGCUGCACCUCAUAUGGGAGGAGCGUGGGAGAGAAUGGUGCGAUCCAUAAAGUCAGCCAUGGAAGCAGCCUACAACAACGACCGGAAACUGGACGACGAAGGGCUGGUGACGCUAGCCGUGGAAGCCGAGGAUAUAGUGAACAGCCGGCCACUUACCUACCUACCCCUAGAUGCUGCUGUAGUAGAAGCCCUGACUCCUAACCAUUUCCUGUUGGGAAGUUCCACUGGUGUUCGUCAGCCUGCAGUACCGUUCAGUGAUCCUGUCUCUGCCGUAAAGAAUUCUUGGAACCAAAUACAACGUCAGCUGGAUGUCUUCUGGAAGCGCUGGAUACGGGAAUAUCUUCCGAUGCUGACUAAGCGAAUGAAGUGGUUCGGAGAAGUGAAACCAGUGGCUGUCGGAGAUUUGGUCCUCAUAGCAGACGAGGUCCGAAGGAAUGGCUGGACGCGCGGGAAAAUCAAAGAUGUCGUGAUAGCGGAAGACGGACGAGUUCGACAAGCGAUAGUUCAGACUGCGAGGGGGAUAUUGCGUAGACCGGUAUCGAAGUUAGCCGUGUUGGAGGUUGAGUUGGAUGGUAAAACUGGGACCAGUGGCCAGUGUUACGGGGGGGAGAAUGUUACUGCCAACACUGCUCUUGGUGGUGUAACUGUUGCUGAACAGUACUGUCAUACGGUUGAAACGUCAUCCGUGGACGAUGACGUGGCCCGACGGCGGGAGGAGAGCUGUCAUUCUCAAAAAAGCGCUGAGUAA